GAUUUUCAGUAAGUUCUGGGGUUGUCAAAGACAAUGAGAGGUUUUGAUAGAACAGUGGAUUGGCUUAGACCAUUUGUUGAUAGUAAAGGUUGGGACUUUUGUGUUGUUUGGAAAUUGGGUGAUGAUCCUUCUAGGUUUAUUGAAUGGAAAGGUUGCUGUUGUAGCGCUUGUUUUCAUGUCAAAGAGGAAAAAGAUGAAUUGCAGAAGCCAUUGGGUCCCUUUUGCAGGGAUUCUCAUUUUCAACAUCCCAUAAGAUCAGAGGCUUGUGAAGCUCUCUCACAUUUUCCUUUUCUCAUUUCUCUCUAUUCCGGGAUUCAUGGAGAUGUUGCUAUGUCCAAUAAGCCAAGUUGGAUUAGCUAUGGAAAUGCCUCUGCUUCACAUUCUUUACAUCAUGUGUGUACUUUCCACGCUCUUCUCUUAACUUACAUUUUCUCGGUCUAG